AGACACUCGGAGACCUAUCCCCUGCAAAGUGCAGUUAUUAUGAGACAAGGCUGGCUCUAAUCAGUUCCUUUGCUUUUUUUUGCUGUCUCAGAUUUUUGGUUCUUCUUCGAGUUGAAUACCUAAUAUUAUUAGGGAUCCUCAGAAGGACUGUAAAACUUUUCAAGUAGUGACCUGGAAACACUUAGUUUGAUCCAAGGACUUCUUACCUUUAGCCUUCAGGAGGGGACGCUGAAAUUAUUCUAGCUCAAGGCAGCAUAAAAGAGGAAGGAACUGAGUUACAAAGCACAGAAUCCUACCCAAAAACUGGGAAAAAAACAAACCAAAAAAAAAACGCGUCUCCACACCUGAAGACUUAUGACCUGUUACUGCCAUUGAUUGCUUAAUGUCCAAUCACCACUAUGACGGAAAGCACAACUGAAGGUCGUUCAUCUACCACCACUACAACGGUUUUAGAUGGUAAGAAUGGAUCUGUCCACAAACCUCCACUGAAGAUGACAAAAUCAGUUUCACAAGAGCUGAAGACAACAUUCAGAUCCCCAGCUGCAUGGAUCCUGGUGGUUGCCCUCAUUGUGACAUGGUCUGCAGUUGCCAUUGUAAUUUUCGAUUUAGUGGAUUACAAAACCUUUGCAGACACCUAUUCCCAGUACUGUGAUGACCCCUGUUUACCACCUGAAUCUCACCAGCCUGCUGCUGGCAAUGCUUUGAAGCAAGCUGAAAGCCUCCUAGGAGGACCAAUAAGCAAGCUGAGGAAUGACCCAGUGAGAAUCAUACAUGAAGCUGUGGACGACACUUAUGACUGGAUGCAUGCUAUCUUCUCUACUGUGUCUGACUUCAUAUCGUUCGACGAUGAGAAAAAAGGACUUGCAGAGUCGCCAGUGAAAAAAAUAGGUGGGAUACAGCCAACGACAAGAAAAGUUGUUCAUAUAGACAGAGAAGAAAAACAUGACAAAGACAAACCAAUACCAAGAGUUAUCCAAAAAGACAGGCCAGUAAAAGAAGAAAAAGUUGAAAAGAAAAAACACAAAGAAAUUCAAAGACCAAAGCCUGAAGUAAAGGAAAAAACAGAGAAAAAGGCCUCUGCCAAAGAGAUCCAGAAAAAGAAGGCUGAGAGCAAAGUAGAACCUAAAAAGAAAGCUCCUUCUAAAGCUUCUGAAAAAGAGAAGCCUGAUGCAAAGACAAAGACAGAAAAAAAGGUGCCAUCCACAGCUUUGCAAAAAGAAACACAUAAGAAGGAAAAGGCUGAAAAGAAAUCCAUAACCAAAGAACCAAUAAAGGAAAAACCAGAAAAGAGGGAAAAAACUCAGAAGAAAGACCAAGCUAAAGUAAUUACCAAAGAGAAAAUUGAACAGAAGGAGAAAGUAGAGAAAAAAGUCCCAACUAAAGUAAAAACAGCAAAAGAAAAGGAAAAAGCUGAAAAGAAAGUUCCAACCAAAGGAAUUCCUACUUCACCUAAAAUUACCUUGUGGCGUCAGUUGUGUCUUAUCAUCAUAUCCACCCGUGGUUGCACUGAAAAGGUGGUUACAGAGAAGUCACCUUCCUUCCUUGAGACCAUGAGAACCAUGAUAAAGGAAGAAGUAAAUGCAGAAGUGGACUCAAAAAUUACGACACAAUCCCCAGGUCCAUUCACGUCCCAUAGAUCUCUUGCUUCUGAUACAGAAGUGAGGGAGACCCACUCCAUCCAGGAUCAGAUGUUCCAGAGGUUGGAAUCAGAUUCUAAUCUGUGGGACAAGAUGCCAAAAAUAGAUUCUCCAGUCGCCCACAUUUCUAAAAACAAACUCCCUCCCGUUUGA